AUGGGGAAGAAGGGGGAGCGCGUCGCCAAGGACAAGACGGCCGCCUUGGAGGAGGAGGCGCGCAACGCCGCCAAGAGGGCCGAGCACGGCGAAGAGGAGUACCAGUGCGGCGGCAUCCUGGAGCAGGACUUCUCCGAGCUGUGCACCCGCGCCGGCUUCCAGGACUUCCCCAGGGUGGUCCCCAGGCCCCACCCCGCCGCCCCCCUCGCCCCCCACGAAUCGGACCCGCUGAUGGAGAGGGAGGGGCACACCGCCCUGAUGCGGAUCCAGGCCAAGUACGCCUACUUCCGCCCCACCAUCCAGGUGGAGCUGGAGCACGAAGACCCCAAGUCUACGCGGGAGAUCUUCAUCCGGAGUUGGAGACUGGAAGAGAAGAUACUGGGCGUCUUGGCCAAGUGCUUGCCAGCCCUCUCUCACCUCCAGGCCAUCCGCCUCUGGAAGGUGGGCCUAACGGACCUCUCCUUGCUCUCCUUGAUCUCCAUCCUGCCCACCUGCCCCAACCUCAAGCUGCUGUUGCUGGAAGGGAACCCGCUGCCCGAGCGGUCUUUCUACAAGCUGAUUGGUGAAGACAGCACCUUGGCCCAUGUCUCCCUGCGCAACAAUGACAUCGACGAUGAAGCCGCCGCUCUGAUCGGCCACGCGCUCUCCUCCCUCCGGAGCUCCAACAAGACCCUGGUCUCCAUCAACCUCAGCUACAAUCACAUCACCAACACAGGAGCUGCCUCCCUGGCGAACGGCUUGCGCCUCAACCGCUCCCUGCUUUCCCUGUCUUUGUCGCACAACCGCAUUGGAGAUGAAGGAGCCAUGAAGCUUGCGGAGGUUCUUGCUCCGUUUGCCCUCACUCACACGGAGGUCGUGGAGAGGCGGCGGCUCCUGCUGGAAAAGGAGUUCCAGGAACGAUGCCGGCUGCCCCAGCGGCACUCGGACGCCAAGGCCGACCGCCCUUCCAGCCACCUGAGCAGCACCACGCUGGAGAAGCUGCAGCCCGCCAAGGCCGGCAAAGUCACCGCCAAGAAGAAAGAACCCGCCAAGAAGGAGGAGAAGGGGCAGGCAGGUGGCGGGGCAGGCGCUCAGGCCGGAGGAGCUGCUCAGGCCAAGAAGGAAGAGCUCAAGCAAGCCAAGAAAGCCAUUCCUGCCCCGGAACAGAAAGCAGCUCGUGGUAAAGGGACAAAAUCUGGCAACAAAGACAAACGAUCCCAAGUCAUGGAAGAGGUGGUGAUAGAGGCCACGGAGAUGGUGAACCCGCUGCUGGAGCAUGCCGAACACAGAGACGGGAAAGUUUUCCUGCCAGGAAACCGUGUCCUUAUCUACUUGAACCUAAUUCGUAACCAAAUCACAGAGGUGGGCUUGAAGGCGUUUCUGCCCGUGGUGGAGCAGCAAGCAUGGAAGGGGGCCAGUGGAGGGAAGGGGCCUGUGGGGCUCCUGCGGCUCUCCCUGGGGAAAAACAACGUCCCCUUGGACAGCAAGACCUUUGCCCGGAUCCAAGAGCUCAUGGUGCCUCGUGACCCCCUUCCGAGGGCAGCCAAGGCACUUGAAGAGGACCAGAUCACCGCCAUGUAG